AUGUCGUCUCUUGAGGUGGCGCACUGUCCGGUGCUGGCAGAGAGCGCCCUCCUGCCGUGCCCGAUGUCCCUGCGGGACUUCCUCAAGGCCUCGCACUUCGCGCUGGGGCCGGACCCGCGGCUGCACCAGGGCGUCAUGCAGUCCACGGUGCACCGGGACUUCCCGGCCUACCCGCGCGCCACUCGGGAGCAGCCCAGGCCGCCGCCUCCGCCCUCGUCCGUCUUCCAGCAGGACGCGCGCUGGUUGGCAAAGGAGCAAGUGUCCGAGAUGCACCGCGAGUUCACGCCGCAGGAUGUGAAGCCCCCGGAGGAGACGCGGGAGCGCACGCUCGCCAUGCAGUCCAGCAAUCUGCGCAUGCACGCGGACGAGCGCGUGGGCCUCAGCUUCUCCUCCGCGCACGCCGCUUACGGCUGGCCCGAGCAGCCGGCGCACGCCCGAGAGCAGAUCCGCGGCGCGCGCCUCAUCUUCGACCGCGACUCCCUGCCGCCGGGGGACAGGGACAAGCUGCGGGUCCCGCCCACCACGCACCAGGAGCUCUUUCCGCCUCACGACGCGUGCCCGCCGCCCCGCGCGCCUAGCUACCACCUCGGUGGUCCCAACACCCUUAAGUGGGACUACAAGAAGCAACAAGGGACCUCCUACCAGAGACAGUUCCAGGCCCUGCCAGGCUCACCUGCCUUGAUGUGUAGGAGGGCGGCCUCCUCUGUGCAGCUGGGAGACUGCAGGCUGGGCUAUGGGCCCAUGUGUUCAGAGCUGAAACAGAACCAUAGGCCCCAGGGGCUGCCCCCAGACAGGUAUGACAAGGCCCAGGCUGCAGCUCAUGUCCACUGUGUGAAUAUCCGUCCUGGAGACGGCCUCUUCCAUGGCAGGACCACCACAUCGGACCACUUCUGCCCUUGGCAACCAGAGCCUUUUGUUCUUUAUGGGGAUCAGACUCCGAAGUCCCACAUCCUGAAAGGAAAUUGGCGCCCGGGCCCUGGCAGCCUCCACACCUCCAUGCAGUUCUUCUAUGGCCAGGCACCGCCAAGAACCCAACCAUCUUGCCGCCACAUACCCCAUGCGAAUUUGAAGUGUCACGUGACCCUAGGAGAAGAGAAGCUGCUGGGACACUUCUACCAGACCACCACAGGCUCACAGUAUUGCCCCCAGCACGUCGAGCAAUCACAGAAGGCACCCAACCUUCAUUUGACACAGAGCAACCUGCUGCGGGGCACCUGUGAAUUCGAUUUUUUAACCAUGAACCAGAAGAUGCUGAAGCCACACGGAAAAGCUAAAGCCCUGGUGACUGAAGAGUUGCUACAGCGGUGCAAAUACAGCCAUGUGGAGCCCCCGUUUGGCAGAGAGCGCUUCCUCUCCACCCACCACAAGGCCGACUUUCCUUUCAAGUACCAGGGCCCAGCAGUACUGAAAAUGAGCGAUUUCCAGGAGAGCCACGUGCCCCUGGGCACACCUCGUGAGCAGGGCUGCAGGGGCAGGAAGGUGGACCCUCAGGCUCGCCAGCUGCCUAUGUACCCAUGCCCCAGCCAGCAGUAAAUGUCACCCCGGUGGCAUCCUGUCCCCUUCCAUCAGUCAUCUGUUAAGGAGGAGGCUUGGAUGGGUGGGGGCCAGAGGAAGGGACCACACAGGAGAGAAUGUCUCAUUCCCUUCCAUUGAGAAAACCCUGGAUGCCUGAGCAGACUCUUCUGCAAACCCUGGGGUUCCUCUGAAGGACGUGAGAUUUGAGUUCCAGUGUUAGACAGAGGUGUUGCGGAAGGGGUUGAAGAUGCAGGUUCCUGGGUCUGGAUGGCCACCAUCCUCAUCCUGACUCCUUCAGGUCAAGUCCCUUGACCCCUAUGAGCCUCAUCUGUAAACUGGAGCAAAAGAGCAAGGCUCUCAUUAGAUCCUUACAACUGACCAGAAGCGGAGCAGUGCACUGGUUGCCUGGGUGACCAGCCCCCGGAUCAGAGCAGCAUCCAGGGGAAACUGAAAAAAGCCACAAGGACACGAUGAGGUUCAAGGAGGCAGGUGUGCAGCCAAUCAAAAGUCAAAAGGGUAAAGGUGGAGUCAGGCCUUGAAACCUAGGAGUGACCAAUACCUUGGACAGCACCCGACCUUUAAGGUCUGGGGUCUGGUGAAGACGUUAGGUCUACCUGGAUAACGUGGGCCCUGGUGGCCAUGCCGCAGGCUGUUACAAUCCUCUUUCAAAGAACAAACCUGGGGCCAGACCUCCAAAGACCAAGGCGUCCAGUCCAACAGCCGCGAGGAGCCAACCCCAAGCCUGGCCGGGUGUCCCCUUUCCCUCAGCAUCAGCUCUUCAAGGCCAGGAUGUCAUUUCCACAGCAAGGCCAGGAGUCCAGCUUUGGACCCUACAGGAACAGGAUGGCCUUUUAGCUGCACUCAUGGUCCCCACCCUGACCACGAGAGUGCUGCAGGCCACAGAACCCCUCCUGUGCUUGCCUGCUCUGAAGACAUUUUGCAGGACACCAUCAGAGCUGUGUCAUGUGGUCAUGAACCAGGGUUCUCACUGAUACCUUGGUCAGAUGAUUCUUUGUUGGAGGCUGUCCCUGUGCAUGUUCUCUAUCCAUUAGUUGUCAAUACCCCCCCCCCCCCACCGGAGGUACUGCCAGAUGUCCCCCAUGAAGAGGUGCGGGGGAAAUUGCCCUGGCUGGGAACCACUGCAAUCGAACAUCCUGUUCUGUGAAGCUAGUCUGCCUAGUGACCAGAUAACUAGAACAGAAAGACUUUUCCCUUCUGCUUCACCUGCUAGGAAGCUCAGAUCUGUGUAGCUUCAGUUACAGGGUUGCUUGUGCUCCCGGCUGGUUCCAGGAAUGGCUUCAAGCAGCUCCAUGCCAGAUGAAACACAAUGGGUGGGUGUUACCGGGGGCCAAAUUUCAGCACAACUUGAAGCAUUUCCUAACAAUGGAACUGACCAGACCUGGGGUGGCUUGCCAAGGGGGGACAGAGACAUUACUGGAAAUGUUUAAUCAGUAGGGGAAAAGACUACAGGAUGAUUCUGGAUGUAUUUUUAAAUUUAUGUCCAUCCCUCUUCUAUUAUAUUUAGCAACCCCCCCACCCAGACUGGGAUGAAUAUAAUAAGAAUGAAAGUGGGAAAACCAAUUAAUUUUUAAAGGGAAACAACUUUGUCAACUGUUUGGCAACAGAAUUCAGACCUGUUAUUUUCCUGUCUUGGACAGGUUUCAAGCUCUAUAAUUCCUCAUUUGCUCACCUGUAAAAUGGGGAGGCAAUAAUUCCUCCUUGGCAGACAGUGUUACAAGGAUUGAAUAAAAUGUCGGUAUGCUUGGUUGGUACAGGGGCUG